GAAAAAAGAACACACAAAAACUUAAUCUCAAAUGUUGAUAUAUAUUGAAUUAACCUCAGUACUCAGGAAAAUUAAAAAUUAUUAAAAUAAUUACUGAAUGGAGAGUAUUUUGUCGUCUGCAGGAGGAGCAGUAAAUAGACAAAAAAUAAUACUUAUAUCUAUAGUUUAGAAAAGUCUCUAGAAGAAGGACGGGAACAACCAAACGAACCCUGAAAGAAUCAGCACAAAAAAUGUCUUCCUGCCAAGAAUCAAUGGAUGACGAAGAUUCUAUUCCGCCACCAGAAUAUGAAGAUAUUGUAAACGAUGUGACUGAUGCCAUCGACGAUGAUGUCGAAGAUGAAAGUGAAGAGUUUUGGGAUGAAUCAUACAAGUUAAAAGCCAUAGAAGAAAGCAAUAAAGUACAGACAACGAAUUCCUUAGCACAACAACCAGUAUCUGCGCCUUUACCCUCAAAUGCAAUAAGCGAAACAACUUAUUUACCAAAAAAUGUUCCUACACCAAUGGAAGAAGAAGAAGAGGAAGAUAGUGAAGAAAUAAGCUAUGAUGAAGCUGAUGAUACAUUUGAUGAAGAUGAAGAAGAAGGCAGUUCUGAAGUUACUCACAUUACAGGAGACAGUGAUGUUGAUGUUGCCAAGAAUGUUAAAACAACCAACUCUUCUGUUGCUCCUCCUGUUAGUGUUAACAAAGUUUCUUCGAAUGAUCCUAAGGCAAACACCAAUAGUAGAAUAUAUGUAUUUGAAAAUGGUAAAGUAACUAUUCCGUUAACAUCGAAGGUGAUUGUUGAAACCGCCCAGUCAUCUGGAAAUAAUCAAUCACUUGCAAUUUCAUCUGCUCCUAAGCAAGAACAAUCGCGAAGUAGUACGCCCUCUGGUAGUAAAGGAUCUCGAGAGUUUCUUGCCUUACAAAAAUCGUUUACAGAAUCUAAAGUUUUAUCAGAAUUUGUAAGCGAAACAGAACGUUCUCGUAAAUCACGCAAGAUUCCACUUAAAUCUGACGAUUCGAAUGGAGAAAGUGAAAAAUUUCGUAUUUGUCGAGCACGCAGCAAGAGCUGUACUAAAACAUCAGUACGCCCUUCAACUUCACUGAAUAGCAGUGUCCCACAAAGAUGGCCAUCAGACGAAAAAUUAAACAACAAACGAGAAAACAUGCGCUCCCAAAAUACAGAAUUUGUUCAGAAACAAAUGAAAUUUCUUAGUCGUGUUAAUCAUGAUGCAGCAGGUGAUGAGGUAAUGUCUGAUGCUUCUGAUGGUGAACAAUCUCUCAAUGAGAGCAGCAAAACGACUGGAUCGUUGGAAAUCAAAGAUGACUGCUGGCAGCCACCUCCUAAAAGGGGAGCAGAUAGUUAUUGUUGGAAAUGUAGAAAAUGUGCGGAACUUAUUGCCUGCUCAAAAUGUCCCAGAUCAUUUCAUCCAAAAUGUAUAAAACUUAGUCCUAACCAAGCGUUGUUAGAUAAAUCGUGGAUAUGUCCUGAGUGUAUUACUUUGGAGAAUUGUAUUAAUGGAAGCAAAAAAAUGAAAAAAGAAAGUUUGUCGAUGGAUCUGCUCAAUCAGUUGUUGCUGUUUGCUCUGAAAAGAAUGAAGGAAGUUAAAGGGCACGAAAGAUUACUUAAUGUUCCUGAUCCAAACGAAUGUCCCUCAUAUAGUAUGUACGUUGUAAAUCCGGUUACACUUAAUUCAAUUCAAGACAAAAUUGAGCGGAAAGAAUUUAGAUGUACUGAAGAAUUUGUUCUGGAGACCAAAUGGAUUCAGCAUAAUGUGUCAACAGCAUAUUCAGUUUACAAUAAUAAGGAUAUUUUAAUUGCAAAAACCUUACUUAAAGUAUGCCGACAAGAAGCAACAGAAAUUGAAACUUGCUCUGAAUGCUAUCUUAAUGCCAAUACUCGCAAAGAUUGGUUUUUGGAUGUUUGCGUCAAGCCACAUAUUCUCUUGUGGGCCAAACUAAAAGGUUUUCCCUAUUGGCCGGCAAAAGGAAUGGGUCUCGGUCCGAAUUCACUUCUAAAUGUGCGUUUCUUCGGUGAUCAUGAUAGGGCAUUUGUCCCGGUUAAAGACUGCUAUUUAUAUUCAGCAAUCGAUCCGAAUCCAUAUACGGGAAAACGAUCGUUUCGGCCGGGUAUUGCUGAUUGUAUAAAAGAAAUAGAUGUGCAUAUUGAAAAGAUUCGUUCAGUUGUGGGAGCUUUUAAGUAUGCACAACCCAAAACAUUGUACGAUCCAAAUAAUGAAAUGAGACAAUUAGAAGAAAUGAUGCCUGGAGUUGCUGAAUAUAUGAGGCGCCAACAAACCAUUCAAAAACCCCCUCUAACAUUAAAGAUUAUAAAGACGGCUGGAAAUAAUUUAUCUAUCAUUAUGAAAACUGAUUCAGGCACAGAUUCAGAUCAUUCCAGUCAAGGAUUAGACUGGAAACAAAAAUUUGUGCCGAAAUCCAUUGAAUCUAUUGAAAAACAAGAAAACACAAAAUCUAAUGAUGUGUUAAUGACGACUUCUUCAAAGUCUACAUCACCUGCAAAAACUACAAUGCCCUCAAAGUCUGCGACGAUAACACCUAAAACAUAUGCCAAUAAAUCAAACUAUGAAGUUGUUGCAAAACCACAAAAUAAAGAUGAAAUCAAUUCAUCAAAGAUAAAUUCAGUCAUAUUGAAAAGGAAAUCUGAAGUUUUUUCUGUAUCGCCAAGUAUUAAGAAAUCCAAGAGCUCUGAAGAUGGUCCUGCGGUAGAUGUUGCUUCGGCAAAUGAUUGUUCAAUAGCAUUAUCUCCUCCUAAAAAAGAAGAUGAAUCCAAAGUUGAAGAAAAUGUUAAUUCACUUAAGCGAAAGCGAUCUUCUCGUUCGAACGAAAAACCUUCUAUAUUACCAAGGUCAAUUUUUAGUACUGUUCCAAUAGAACUAGAGCAACAACUAAGUAGGAAAAAUUCUUUACACUCAGAGAAAUCUCUGGACGACGAUAAGCCUCAUCAGAAUAUACCAAAACAACCUGCCGAGGACUCAAUUGCACAACAACAACCGCAAGAAUUGCCUCAGCAGUCGCAAGAGCUACAUCAAGAACAGAAAAACCAACAGAAAAAACUUGAAUUUACUCCUCAGGAAAAGCCACAGGAACCACAACCACAAAAGGAAGUAACACAGCAACAAGCACAACUAAAACCACAGUUACAACAAACACAACAAAAACAACCACAGCAACAAAGAAAUCAACUACAGGAGCAAUCGCAACAACAACUUAAACAACAGCAACAAAUCCAACAACAAAACCAGCAACAACAACAAAAACUUCAACAACAAAGGCUACAACAACAACAACAGCAACAACAACAACAACAACAACAGCAGCAGCAACAACAACAGCAACAACAACAAAAACAUCAACACAAACCGCAACAGCAGCAACAAUUACAAAAGUCUGAAGUAACCCCACAGAGACACAACCAAGAAACAUGCGAUUCCCCUACCGAUUCCAUGUCCAAACUCGUACAGAAUCGCCAAGGCGUAACAAUAAAGAAAAUAGGCAAAAAUCAAGGUGGUAUUACAACAUACUUUGUUACUGAUGACAAAAGCCAAAAGCAAAUCUCUGAUGAAAAAGCACAAUCUACUACGCAAAAACUAUCUCCUCAGCAACAGCAGCAACAAAAGUCUACUCCCUCGCCUCCUUCUACAAAACUAUCUCCAUCACCUCCCAAACCCAUUCAAUCAUUUCCGAGUUCCUCAUCAACAACUAAACCACCGACGCCCAUUUUACCUAAACCAAAACCAUUAGAAAGGCUUGUCCCACCGAAAGGAUUGAUUCCAUUCGAAGAUAUAAAAUGUGAAAAUUAUGAUGAACAGCUUAUAACAUCAACUUGCAAGUCGAUGUCCGACAAACCUAUUGAACCACAACCUACGCAAAGCAUUAGUUCUAGUGCAAGUCCAGUUCCAACAGCAUCUACAUGUUCAACUCCCACUGGCAAUGGAAAAGUCUCACAAGUCGGUACUGAUCCACUUUUAAUUACAUUAGAUCCAGAUUCCGUUAAGAAUGAAGUCCUUUCGGAUGAUGAAUCUCCAAUACCAACUGUACCGACAGAACCUCCUCCAAAGCAACACACAGUCACAGUUGUGGUUAAUCAGCAAGCAACACACAAUAUCAAUCAAAAGCUCAUGGAAGCGCCCCGUCUUGUGGGAGAGACAAUGAUCAAACGCAUAGUUGUCCGCAGUCUGGAAUCCUUAACAAUGCAGCCACCACUUGUGAAAAUUGCACCAGCUUCAAUAAGUGCAACUAUUACAUCAAGUCCACCUUCUAUAUCUAUUAAUACCUCAGUGGUUUCAGCGACAGUGGCGCAAUCAAGAAAGCAACAAAAUGCCAGAGCGCGAAAGUCCUUCCCCAACAAAGGCCCAAAUCAAUCUUCAGUAAUGUUGCCACCAGACGUAAGGCGUUCCUUGACGAAAAAUAGUAUGGUUUAUAUACCAAGUGAUAAUAAUCAGAAAAACACUAUACCAAUAAAAACUGCUAUAUCAAAAACGUUUGUUCAGCCUGUAAUUAAGACUACAUGCACGGCAAUACCAAUUACAGCUUCAAAUACAACACAAAGUCUUAGUGUGAGUUCUGUUAGCCCCGCCAUCACAACUACCACAUCAUCCACUCCAACUUUGCCCUCAAUUGUUGCAAUGCCAAUGCCAGCACCUCCAGUGGCGAUAAAUACAAAUACUGUAUCAGCGACUUUAGCAUCAACUACCGCAUCCAUUAGCCCAACAACAUCAACAGUUGUAACAAGUUGUAUAGCAUAUCGACCAAAUUACAUUGCUCCGCAAAACACAAUAUCUCCAAUACAGGUAACGUCACAACCUACACCUGAAACAACGCAAAAUAAUGAAAAUGAUAAGCAUCAGCAAGAAACUGAUGGUCACAUUCUGUCUGGUAUUGUGACGCCUAAUUUGGCUGCGGCUAUUACAGACACAAUAGUGUGUGGUCCACCGAGAAUGUCGCACAAACCAAAUGGAGCACUACGAUCAGAUGGGAAUUAUGGCUUCAAUUCGGAUGCUGGUCCGGUGUGUAGGACACUCGUUGAAGGUGCUCAUAAGAUAACGGACUUCUUUAUCUCGGUUAUGCAAGACACCGUUAGUGAUAUGGCAAAUGCCGAGGUGCUGCCAGCUAAAAUUACCGAACUUCAAAUGGAAUUAGAGACUAAAACUGCCGAAUACGAGAAACGUUUGUUCGAGCUUAAACAAAAUACCGAUACAAUGCUGUGUGAAAUGAAGAAAAGUAUGGAAGCAGAAAGGGUGCGCAUUAUUGCCGAAACACGAAAACAAUGUGAAAUCGAGAGAAUACACGCUGUAGAGCAAACAAAAAAGAGACAAUGGUGUACAAAUUGUGGUCGGGAAGCCAAUUCUUAUUGUUGUUGGAAUACAGCCUACUGUGAUGCCAAUUGCCAGACUAUCGAUUGGAACCGACACAAAUCCAAUUGCUGUCAACUUAAUCCACAUCUAAAUACGAAUGAAACACAAGCACCAACAGUUUUAUACUCCACACCGACAGUUUUAUCAAUUGGUUCGACCGUUACAACGCCAAGCAUUCAGACUAUCAGUUCAACACCAGGCUUUAUGCCAAUCCAGCCAAUUCAUUUAUACCAGACCACAUCUUCAAUAUCAACAGCACACUCUCCCCAGACUGCAAAUGCGACCCCAACCGCAACGAAGAUUGGCGGCAGUCCAUAUAAUGCCAGCACAGCCUGUGCAUCAGCCGCCUUUGACAUAUCAUAUAAAAGCAAAGAAGUGCUAAAGCUUCCGCCCAGCACAUAUCUAAGACCAAUUCACCCAAAUAUUCGAAUGUCAAAUGCUCCUGUACAAAGAUUUCAUAUACCACUUCCUAUCGAUACUUCGAUGACAACUGGAGGGCCACCAUUUGCGUUGGUAAAUAAUUUAGGAAAUUGGCAACUCUUUGGGACACCAACAACGUCGAACGUUACUGCGCCCCAAACUUUCCAAAAUCAGUCUCAAUGCUUGGUAACCACGGUAACUGCGAACCUAUCGUCGGACAACAGAUCUCUGAAUUCGCUCACAGUCCGUCAAAACCAAAUGUGAUAGCGCACUUUACCAUGCUCAAGAAUAGAAUAACGUAAUAAACGUGUAAAAAUAGUAAUUAUGAAUAAUAUUCCACGCUCUGUAUAAAUGGAACUUAAAAAGUAAUGAACUAAUAGUUUUUACAUUGAAGCGUAGUGCGAUUAGGUUAUAAGUUGUACAUAAAACAAUUACACACUAUGCAUCCCUCAUAUGUUUUGAUGCAACAACUGUGUCGGUUAAAAAUUUAAACACAUAUUUAUGUAUAUAUAAAAUAAUAAUAAAUUUAUAAUUUGUUUUGCAUUCAAGCAUAUGGGGUUAAUAUUUUAAAUUAAAAAAAAAAAAACCACACUAACGAUUAGAAAAAAAGAUAAUUUAAUUAAAAUUUAAAAAAAAGUGUUGUGAAAAAACACAAAAUUAUCUUUCUAAAUUAAGAUAUUUAAUUGAUUUUUUUUUCACAACCUGACUGUUAUUUUUGCUGUUAAAAAACUGAAAAUAAACUCUAGAAACAUUUUAAU